AUCAAAUUCUUUAACAAUGGCGAUCCAUAUUACGAAUUUACCAAUUUUUAUGAAGCAUGUUUCAAUCUUGAUGGAUUGUAUUGGAAAACAUCAGAACACUAUUAUCAAGCCCAAAAAUUUUCACCAAACAAAGCUAUAAUGGAACAAGUGCGUCAUUUGCCAAACCCAAGAGAAGCUUUUAAAUUCGGUAACUUUAAAGGCCACAAGCAUUUUAUUAGAAAAGAUUGGCACGAUAUUAAAGAAGAAAUUAUGGAAAAGGCUAUACGAGCUAAGUUUGAACAAAAUUCAAAAUUACAAAACUUACUCUUUAAAACAAAAGGUUCAGAGUUGAUCGAAAAUAGUCCCUUUGAUGAUUAUUGGGGCAUAGGAAUUAACAAUAACGGGCAAAAUAGAUUGGGUGUAAUCUUAAUGAAAGUAAGAGAUUCAUUGUAA